ACGGAAGAGCACGUGGCGGGUCGGCUGUUCGUCUGCGCCGGUGCUGUAACAAAGCGAUCCGGGACCACCGCCCAAGCGAGAGCGAUUCUCUACCGGUCUGCGGAACCGUGCAAUCACUCGGCCAGUGGCCACCAGUUCGCGUCUACGGCUUCAGGUCGAACACCCGUGUCAUGAAACGGCGCGUGCUUCUGCUUCUGCUGGCCUGUUGCACAGCUCGGGCAGCUUCAGCAAGUGGAAAGCAGGGGCGGCAGCAUGCCACCAAGUCAGAGCGCCAUGGUGCAUCUAUCCGAAGCGAUGAUCCAGGAAAGGUUCCCGGCACAGAAACCGCAGCGCUUGGAAACCCAGCCGUUUCCAACCCCUUGGACGCCGAGAGUUCUAAACGACACGUGGACGUUCGACCUCUUCUAGGGCUAAAUAUCCCCCCAAACCAGGGUCGCUACAAUUUCCCACAAGUCUUCGACCCAGGCUUCGGUCCGACGGCGCAGGUGGGAGGCCCUUUCGGUGUCGACUUCGACCAGAACCAUGCCUUGUACCCAGAUCGCAUCGGGCGCCAGGAUCCAGGAAUCAAUCAGAACUUCAGUCCGGGACCAAACCUCAACCAAUUUCCAGGGUCGGAUGCGGACGGCACAUCGCCAGCGGUGCUGGGAGCCGGACCUCAAGGAGGAGGGAGUGGCCCCAACGCCGUGGGUAGCAGACCGGACGGGAGUAGCCGCGCCAAGGUGCCACCCAUCGAGCUCUCGCCAGACUCCGAUGUCGUGACAGUGGCCGACAUUGAGCGGCUGGGCGACGCCAAGCUGGAGCGCACCGUUCGCGGCUACUACGACAGCGGCGCCGACAGGGAGCAGACGCUCAGGGAGAACGUGCAGGCUUUCUCCAGGCUCCGCUUCCGACCCAAGGUGUUAGUGGACGUGUCCAAAACAAGCACGUCGACGAGGGUGCUCGGACGGGAGAUAUCGAUGCCAAUUGGCAUAGCGCCAUCGGCGAUGCAGAAGCUGGCCCACCCCAUUGGAGAGGUGGGAACCGCGAAAGCGGCCGAGGCCGCAGGUACGGUGAUGAUCCUUAGCACCCUGAGCACCACAUCGCUGGAGGAGGUGCGUCGAGGCGCGCCCAACUGCCUGCUGUGGUACCAGCUGUACGUGUACAAGAACCGGUCCCUCACCGAAUCGCUGGUCAGGCGUGCUGUCCAGGCGGGAUACUCGGCUCUGGUGCUAACGGUCGACGCUCCCGUGUUCGGCCUCAGGAUAGCCGACGUGAAGAACCACUUCAGUCUGCCCCCAAACCUCAAGCUUGCGAACCUGGAAGGUUCCCUGUCCGAUCUGUCCUCAGUGUCUGGCUCGGGGCUGACAGAGUAUACGAGCAGGCUCUUCAACCCAUCGGUCACGUGGGAAGAUGUGCCAUGGCUUCGAAAAAUAUCCGGUCUACCCGUCGUCAUCAAGGGCAUCGUGACGCCCGAGGCAGCUAUGUACGCGCAAACGUACGGAGCAGCCGCCGUCUUGGUAUCCAAUCACGGAGGUCGCCAGCUUGACGGGGCACCAGCUACGAUCGAGGCCCUCCCCGAGAUCGUCGCGGCCACUCGGGGUCGAAUGGAGGUCUACCUGGACGGCGGAGUGCGGAGCGGCGCCGACGCGGCCAAAGCGCUCAGCCUGGGCGCGCGCGCCGUGUUCGUGGGAAGGCCCGCCCUGUGGGGACUCUCGUAUAACGGUACGGAAGGUGUCGCCAGGAUGCUUGACAUAUUGAGAUCCGAGUUUGAGCGAACGAUCGCUUUGCUUGGAUGCCCGGACUCCAACAAGUUGACGUCGAGGUACGUCGUCCGUGAAGAGUACUACUCACAGCUCCAGUGGCGAAAUUUCCCUCGCCAAGAACUCUGAACAAUGUUACCCGCCACCUUACUUGGCGAAUGCAUUAGAGUGGGCGCCACCCAAGAAAUCAGUUGCAGAGGGACUCUCGAAGAUGCAAGUUUGCGAAGGUUUCUGGACGCUCUUCUAACCUCAGGGGUUCAACUACAAGCCAUGCUGACAGCGCGUCGGCUGCACACCAAGUGCCACGAGCUUGAAACGGGGAAAGUCCUCAAAGUGGCCCGUCAAAAUCCUCAAAGUGCCCGCUUAAUCUUCUGAAUAACAAAAGUAAAGAAUAUGCAUGGUUGCAUCACUUUACGAUUUUGUGCUGUCACCUGGUAAAAAACAUAGGCUCACUUUCAAUGCCGGUAUACUAUGCACCAUACCGAUAUAGAUGAUGUCCUGAUCCGAUGGCUUCUUGAUAAUUUUUUUUAUCUUGGCCUUUGCCGCCUCAAAUAUAAAGACCAGUUGAAAGUAAACUAUUGCUUUGUUGACGA